AUGGCCAGCACCCUUGCGCGCAUCGCGUCGCAAUCGGUCCAUAUCACGACAAACCCAGGCUCGCGGUCCUUGGGCGAGAGUAAACUGGUUCUAGCUGCGUUGCAGAAAUUCGGGGAAGUUGUUACUUUUAGGAAUUUACAGUACGACACAACCAACAAAUCUCCCAAACAUAAUCGCGCAACAGUCGCCAUCUUCGAAUCCCCCGACUCGGCCACCCGCGCAAUCGAAGCCUCUCCUCUUACGAUCCCCAUCCCGGAUAAUAGCAGCAGCAAUAACAACUUCGCUUCCUCCUUCUCUCAAUCUUCCCAGCUCACAGAAUCCACAUUCAACGUUAAUGAAAGACACCGCACUCUAACCUGCACAAUCCAACCCUCCCGCCACAACCACGAAUCCGCACUCAGACGCAAUCCAUACCAUACCGCUUUCAACAUCGACACGAGUACCUACCCGUACCAGGAUUUGAUUAAAAAUACGGAGAUACCACUGCGGGAGUUGGCAGAUGGGAUGAUGAGCCGGAAGGAGCAUAUGCCGUUUCGGGUGAAGAGGAGAAUUCAGGCGGAGAAUGAGCGGUUGGGAGCUACGUCGCUGAUGGAGUUGUAUCGGGAGGGAAUUGCGAAGGCUGAGGGUGAAGCUGAGGAGAAAGCGAAUGUUGAGGGGAGAUGA